AGAAACUUGCGUACAUAUCCUGUGAUACGGCUUAUCCUUCUUCUAAAUAUGGCGACGAAAACCGAGAACGAAAAGGUCGGACUAGAAGAGUGUUUGCAGUGUCAUCGUGUCCCUGGCCCUGGCCUCCAGCAUCAUGGCGAAGAUAACAAGGAGUCAACCUCUGAAUCUUCCAUGAGAGCAUGGGAACAGACUCUCAGUCGAUUCCAAUACUGGGUCCUGCUGCUAGCCCUACUCACUCUCUCUUUGCAGAUUCUCCGAUUCAGAUCUUCGACAAUAUCCGAUGUAACAACUCCUUUGGCUCGCCUCGACUUCCCUAUGACACCGCAUCCAAGAGCUCGAACGUAUGAAGGCUGUUCAUCCAUCACCGCCGCUGAAGAUCGCCAGUUCGAGUUCAACAUCACAGCUGAAUCCACGACCACAAAGCGGUGGCAACUUAAUGAUUCCGCGGUUCCUGAAUCGCGUAAGAACCUUCGAGGCGACAUUACCAUUGACCGCGGGAGUCUCUUUCAAACUUCCGAUAUAGAGGUUCGCGUCGUUGUUCGAUCCAGCGAAGGGUCAGAUCUCAAGAAUGUGCUCAUCCACAGUUCAGACUUCGCUCUCGACAUCGACUACAACUUCCAGGAUAGGAGUGAUCUCUGCACCGAGGUCAAUGUACUGGUACUCCUCCGGCCGUGGCCUAGACGUUUAUUGGAUCUGUUCGACGUACGAACCAGUGUGUUCGACAUCUUAUUCAACCCCCUCCUUAACUGGGAAGUCAACAACCUAAUCGCCCAUACUUCAUAUGGUGAUUUCACCCUUGACACCACUGAACCCUGGACCGAUCCAUUAAUAACGCACAACGUCUCCGUCAGCUCUAUCAACGGAACCAUUUUCGGCUGGUUUAUCCCAGAUGAGCACCUCGACAUCCGCAACGAACACGGAGAAAUUGGCAUUUUCAUCUGUCCCAGAGUGGGUAUCAACUCGCCAUUCGAACCCAAAAGUAUCUCCAUUUCGUCUUCGUCCGGGAAUAUUCACGCGGAGACUGUUUUCAAAGUCUGGCCGCCACAGUCUUAUACGCAUCGAACGACGAUCGAGACGGUAUCAGGCCAGGUCCAUGCCAUGGUACCGCAUGGCUCGUACACCAACUUCUCUAGCGGCAGCGGCAACAUUUCGUGCUAUAUUGAGCCGUACGGCGCUGCCAGGCCGGACGCUGUGAGCGAGAUAUAUACGACGUCGCAGUCCGGCAGCUUUAAUGUGUACCUCAGCUCCGCCAACGAAAAUUCGUUGGCUGGGAAGUACAAUCCGCUUCUCAACACCGUCAGCGAGCAUGACGUAGGGGAAGGGAAGCUACGGUUGAGGUACCCCUAUGAUUGGUAUGGCGAGAUGGAAGCAAGGAUCCGACAUGGUGUAUUAGAAUUUGAUGGGAGUUCCUUGGAGGAUAUGGAGCGAGGUGAGGGGUAUGUGAAAGCGAAGAGGGGAAGAAAGGGCGAGAGUCGGAUGGAGGCCUCUGUUGGCACUGGAAUCUUAGAUGUCCUGCUAGGGCUCUAGGAAUAGGUGCUGCAGCUUCAUUGAUACUCCCGUGAUGGUAUUACCUGUUGUCAGUGCGAAGGUCGGAAACGUGGUGCAAUUUUCGAUGGG